AUGAGUUCCGACGGAAAGAUCGAUGUCGAAAAGGCCCCUAGCCUUGGUGGUGGUCAGUCCGAGGUGUUGAUCGGCGAGGUCAAGGACAUCAAGAACGCUGAUGCCGCGCUUGAGUUCCUUCGAGAUGGCGGAGAUGUCACACCCAUGACAGCGGAGGACGAGCGCCUUUUGAAGCGCAAGAUUGACUGGCGAAUUGUUCCUCUCAUGUUCGCGUGUUACAUUCUUCAGUAUCUCGACAAGACCUUGAUCAAUUAUGCGAACGUCAUGGGGUUGCAGAGCGACACCAAUAUCACUGGCGACCAGUACUCACAACUGGCCAUGAUAUUCUACGUGAGCUAUCUAGCGUUCGAGUUCCCUCACGCUUGGGGCAUGCAAAGAUUCCCAACGGCCAAGUACAUUGGGAUCAUGGUCUGCAUGUGGGGUACGGUGUUGGCAACUACAUCAGCCUGCCACAACUGGGCGGGAUUGGUUGUGACAAGAGUCCUUCUAGGAGUUUUCGAAAGUGCUGUUGCUCCUUCACUAAUCGUCAUUACGACGAUGUGGUACAAGCGUCAAGAGCAGCCUCCUCGGAUGGGCAUCUGGUAUCUCGGUACUGGCGGCGGGACCAUCGUCGGCUCCCUCAUUUCUUUCGGCUUCCAGCACUACCACAGCUCCGGUUUCACCUCGUGGCAGAUCAUGUUCCUCAUCUGCGGAUUGAUCACCAUUGCCAUCGGUAUUACGGUCAUUCUAGUUCUACCGGAUAAUCCCAUGAGUGCACGUUUCCUCUCCCGGGAGGAGAAGAUAUGGGCUAUCGAGCGAUUGAGGAGUAACCAAACCGGCGUCGAAAACAAGCGAUUCAAGCGCGAGCAGGCAAUCGAAUGUUUCACAGACCCGCAGACCUACCUUCUAGCGCUCAUCACCAUCGCUUCAAAUGUGCCUAACGGUGCCGUCUCUUCAUUCCAGGCAACCAUCAUCAAAGGCUUUGGAUACACGUCCAAGGAAACGACGCUUCUUUCUAUCCCAUCAGGGGCAGUCAGCAUCGUCUCAAUAUUGGCUGCUACAAAUAUGGCAGGGAGGUUCAACCAGAGAGCCAUCAAUAUCAUUUGCCUUCUGAUACCCGGGGUCAUCGGGGCCGCCCUGAUGGCUUUUCUUCCCGAGGACAACAAAGCUGGCAAACUGAUUGGCAACUACAUGACGAACUGCAUUGGAGCAACUUUGCCUUUGUUGUAUUCUCUGGUUGGCGCCAACUAUGCUGGUCAUACCAAAAAGGUCACCAUGAAUGCUACUUUACUCAUAUGUUUCUGUCUUGGUAACAUCAUCGGGCCAUUGACAUUCACGGCAGAGUCUGCGCCUGGAUACCUCCCCGCCAAGACAGCAAUCAUCGUGACCUGCGGGUUGGCGAUGGUGUUCACGUUGAUGCUGAGGUACUAUUACGAAUGGGAAAAUAAGCGACGAGAUGGACUUGUUCAAGCCGCGGAGUUAGGCCAUUGGAAGGAUGUAGAGUUCAGCGAUAUGACUGAUCGUAUGAACAAGGAGUUUAGAUACACCCUUUGAGACUCU